AUGUCUGUAGCCAAUGAGCCCGCAGAUCCUAUCGCCAGAGGCAUCUUGCCCACGGCCAAACAGUCCUUGAAAGACUUGUUCGUGUGGAAACAGAGAGUCGUCGUUAGGAACGAAUACGGCGAGGAGCACACUGAGUGGCAAGCGCCCGAGCCUUUGAAGAACCCAAUCAGCCUCUUUGCUCAACUCAGUGCGAGGGAUUGGCUGUACUUCAUUGUCGGGUUUGCCUCAUGGACUGCCGACGCUUUCGACUUCCACGCGCUCUCGAUCCAGACGGUCAAAUUGUCCAAGUACUACAACCGCUCAAAAACGGACAUAACCACCGCCAUUACACUCACCUUGUUACUGCGAUCUAUCGGUGCCGCCGUUUUCGGCUUUGCUGGAGACAAGUGGGGUCGAAAGUGGCCAAUGGUGGUGAACAUGGUCAUCUUAGGUCUGCUUCAGGUUGCAACUAUCUAUGCUGCCACUUUCCAGCAAUUCCUGGCUGUUCGGAGUCUCUUCGGGCUCUUCAUGGGUGGUGUGUUCGGAAAUGCUAUUGCCAUGGCGCUCGAGAACUGCCCGACCAACGCUCGUGGUCUUAUGAGCGGUAUUCUGCAACAAGGUUAUUCGUUCGGCUACGUCCUGGCGGCGUGUGCAAAUCUCGCCGUUGGUGGAUCGACCGAAUCCUGGAAGACUGUCUUCUGGGCUGGUGCGGGUCUUUCCAUUGGUGUUGGACUCAUUCGAAUUCUGUUCCCCGAGUCUAAGCAAUUCGUCGAGGCGCGUAAGGCUGGCAAGCGAGCACAGGCGCCUGGAGUUUUCUGGCUGGAGACGAAGAAGAUGAUUCGACAAGAGUGGAAGAUGUGCGUUUACUGCAUCAUCUUGAUGACUUGGUUCAACUAUUAUUCCCACACUAGCCAAGAUUCUUACACCACGUUCAUGAAGACGCAGAAAGAGCUGUCUGAUUCCGGAGCAACGCGCGCUUCUAUCCUGAUGAAGACGGGUGCCUGUGUUGGCGGGACUUUCAUCGGCUACUUUUCGCAGUGGUUUGGUCGUCGACGAUCCAUCAUCUGCGCCGCGUUAAUCUCCGCCUGCCUCAUCCCGGCAUGGAUUCUUCCUGAGACUGAGGGUGGUCUUUCGGCGUCCGGCUUCAUGAUUCAAUUCUUCGUUCAAGGAGCGUGGGGAGUUAUCCCCAUCCACCUGAACGAGCUGUCACCUCCGGCCUUCCGAUCCAGUUUCCCUGGCAUCACAUACCAACUGGGCAACAUGAUAUCGUCUCCAUCUGCCCAAAUUGUCAACGCCAUCGCCGAAAGUCACUUCCUCAGGUCGCAUAAGAGCGGCGAUAUUGUCGAGGCUUACGGCCCGACUAUGGGCAUUGCAACUGCCAUCAUUGCACUCGGCAUCGCGGUUACGGCUGCUCUUGGGCCUGAGAAGAAAGGUCGCCACUUCGAGACUGUUGGCCCGCCCGUUGCUGCGGACAUUCCCAAGGACAUUGAGGAGGGCCGCAUCAGCGAGGAGAAGUCCGAGACCAAAGCGGUUGAAGUCAGCCAGAAGGCUUAG